GCCACCAGCGUCCGAAGCCUGCCUCGCACAUACUACACACUCCGGCUUGAAAUGUGACUUAAAAAUCUUCGCUGCUGGAAUACCGUUUUGUGACAACCGAAGGAUUGCGUGCGCGUGUGUUCUGGUAUUCAUAGCGGGAGCAACUGAGGAGAAUACCUUUGCCAUGACAGUGGAUUUGCUUGCGAUUUUAUGUGUAAUCGCCACGGUCUCUGCAGUGGAAGAAACGGUGAUGGACACCCGCACGGCCACAGCGGAGCUGGGCUGGACGGCGUACCCAGCCUCCGGGUGGGAGGAGGUGAGCGGCUACGACGAGAACCUCAACACCAUCCGGACCUACCAGGUGUGCAACGUGUUCGAGUCCAGCCAGAACAACUGGCUCCUGACCACGUUCAUCGACCGGCGGGGCGCCCAGCGCAUCUACGUGGAGAUGCGCUUCACGGUGCGCGACUGCGGCAGCAUCCCCAACGUGCCGGGCUCCUGCAAGGAGACCUUCAACCUCUACUACUACGAGACCGACUUCGUCAUCGCCACCAAGGGCACGGCCUUCUGGAUGGAGGCGCCCUACCUGAAGGUGGACACCAUCGCCGCCGACGAGAGCUUCUCGCAGGUGGACUUUGGCGGGCGGAUGAUGAAGGUGAACACGGAGGUGCGCAGCUUCGGCCCGCUCUCCAAGAACGGCUUCUACCUGGCCUUCCAGGACUACGGCGCCUGCAUGUCGCUGCUGUCCGUCCGCGUCUUCUACAAGAAGUGCCCCAGCAUCGUGCAGAACUUCGCCAACUUCCCCGAGACCAUGACGGGCGCCGAGAGCACCUCGCUGGUCAUCGCCCGCGGCGUGUGCAUCGCCAACUCGGAGGAGGUGGACGUGCCCAUCAAGCUCUACUGCAACGGCGACGGCGAGUGGAUGGUGCCCAUCGGGAGCUGCACCUGCAAGGCCGGCUUCGAGCCGGACAACGCCAACGUCUGCAGAGCCUGCCCUCCCGGAACCUUCAAAUCCAGCCAGGGGGCGGGACUCUGUAUGCAGUGCCCCCCGAACAGCAGGUCCACGUCUGAGUCUGCCAGCAUCUGCGUCUGCCGCAACGGCUACUACCGCGGGGACAUGGACCAGCCCGAAGCCCCCUGCACUAGCGUCCCCUCCGCCCCGCGGAACGUCCUCUCCAUCGUCAAUGAGACCUCGGUGAUCCUGGAGUGGCACCCGCCGCGCGAGACCGGCGGCCGCGACGACGUCGUCUACAACAUCAUCUGCAAGAAGUGCCGCGCCGACCGCCGGUCCUGCUCGCCCUGCGACGACAACGUGGAGUUCGUCCCGCGCCAGCUGGGCCUGACCGAGACGCGCGUCUUCAUCAGCAACCUGUGGGCCCACACGCACUACACCUUCGAGAUCCAGGCCGUCAACGGCGUCAGCAACAAGAGCCCCUACCCGGCCCAGCACGUGUCCAUCGACAUCGCCACCAACCAGGCCGCUCCCUCCAUGGUACCCAUCAUGCACCAGGUCAGCUCCACUAUGAAAACCAUCACGCUGUCGUGGCCCCAGCCGGAGCAGCCCAACGGCAUCAUCCUGGACUAUGAGCUGCGUUACUAUGAGAAGGACCACACAGAGUUCAACUCGUCCAUGGUGAAGAGCCAGACCAACACGGCCCGCGUGGACGGCCUCAAACCCGGGACCAUGUAUGUGAUGCAGGUCCGAGCGCGGACUGUAGCCGGCUUUGGCAAGUACAGCGGCAAGAUGUGCUUCCAAACCCUGACAGAUGACGAGUACAAGUCGGAGCUGAGGGAGCAGCUGCCCCUGAUCGCGGGCUCGGCGGCCGCCGGGGUGGUGUUCAUCGUGUCCCUGGUGGCCAUUUCCAUUGUCUGCAGCAGGAAGAGAGCGUACACCAAGGAGGCGGUGUACAGCGACAAGCUGCAGCACUACAGCACCGGCCGAGAUCUGACUAACUGCCACUCCCCCAUCGGCUGCCCAACCCACUUCUCAGGCUCGCCCGGGAUGAAGAUCUACAUCGACCCCUUCACCUACGAGGACCCCAACGAGGCGGUGCGCGAGUUCGCCAAGGAGAUCGACGUGUCCUCGGUGAAGAUCGAGGAGGUCAUCGGAGCAGGGGAGUUUGGGGAGGUGUACAAGGGGCGGCUGAAGCUGCCGGGGAAACGUGAGAUCUACGUGGCCAUCAAGACGCUGAAGGCGGGCUACUCAGAGAAGCAGAGGCGGGACUUCCUGAGCGAGGCCAGCAUCAUGGGCCAGUUCGACCACCCCAACAUCAUCCGCCUGGAGGGCGUGGUCACCAAGAGCCGGCCGGUCAUGAUCGUCACAGAGUUUAUGGAGAACGGAGCGCUGGACUCCUUCCUGAGGCAAAACGACGGGCAGUUCACCGUCAUCCAGCUGGUGGGAAUGAUGCGCGGGAUCGCCGCCGGGAUGAAGUACCUGUCGGAGAUGAACUACGUCCACAGGGACCUGGCCGCCAGGAACAUCCUGGUCAACAGCAACCUGGUGUGCAAGGUGUCCGACUUCGGCCUGUCCCGCUACCUCCAGGACGACACGUCAGACCCGACCUACACCAGCUCCCUGGGCGGGAAGAUUCCGGUCAGGUGGACGGCCCCCGAGGCCAUCGCCUACAGGAAGUUCACCUCCGCCAGCGACGUGUGGAGCUACGGCAUCGUCAUGUGGGAGGUGAUGUCCUUCGGCGAGAGACCGUACUGGGACAUGUCCAACCAAGAUGUGAUCAACGCCAUCGAGCAGGAUUACCGGCUGCCGGCGCCCAUGGACUGCCCGGCCGCCCUGCACCAGCUGAUGCUGGACUGCUGGCAGAAGGACCGCAACGCACGGCCCCGCUUCUCCGACAUCGUCAACACGCUGGACAAGAUGAUCCGCAACCCCACCAGCCUGAAAGCCGUGGCCACCAUCACAACAGUGCCUUCUCAGCCCCUCCUGGACCGCUCCGUGCCAGACUUCACCGCCUUCACCUCCGUGGAGGAGUGGCUGGGCGCCAUAAAGAUGACCCAGUACAGGGACAACUUCCUCAGCUCUGGCUUCACCUCCCUCCAGCUGGUUUCACAGAUGACUUCAGAGGACCUGCUCAGAAUAGGGGUGACCUUGGCGGGGCACCAGAGGAAGAUUCUGAACAACAUCCAGUCCAUGAGGGCGCAGAUCACUCAGUCCCCCACUUCCAUGGCAUGACUACAGGGGGCGCUGUGCGGCGGCAGCAUCCGCGGGAGCUCCUGGAGGACCGCGGAUCUGACAGAAUACACCCACGUAGAAACUAUCAUUUUAGUCUG